AACACCGACCAUUCUUGUUGACCCGCCAUGGCCAAUGUGGCAUGCCUUUGGCCCAGUCAUGUGGAGCUGGUGACUGCACGUGGUCGUGACCCGCGGGGUCCGCCCGUCCCUCUUCAGUCUCGAAGCCUCCCUUGGACGUCCUCCAAUGCAUGGAUCUCAAGGUCCAACGUAGGCGUUGCAAGCCUACUGUGUGGUCUGUGGGCGGGCCUCCGGCGGAGCGAGCCGCGAGUGGCGCGGCUCGCGGAGGAGGGUCAACAGCAGGAAUACCUGGAGGAGUUCGAUGCCCUGGGCCGAGAGCUCACGGGAAAGGCCAUCAUUGUCGGCUGGGAUCCUGGUCGCAAGAACCGAGUUGCGAGCCCAGACGGGCCGAGCUUCUCACCCGAGGAGUCGAUGGAGGAGCUUGAGGGCCUUUGUAAGACCUUGGGCCUUGAGGUGAAGGAGUGCGUGCUGCAACAGUGGAGGCCGACCCAGGGGCGUUUGCCCAUCGGCAGCGGAAAGGCAGAGGAGUUGAGGCAACAGGUGAAGUACGACCCUGAAAUCGGGGUGGUGGUCUUCGACCAGGACAUGUCUUACCGGAUGCUGAUGACGCUCAAGGGUCGAAUUGCGCCCAACGGCGAAUGCGUCAUCCUCGACCGGACGUCUUUGAUUCUCAGGAUAUUUGCACAAAGAGCGAGGACAAAGGAAGCCAAACUUCAAGUUAAGCUUGCGAGCCAGCGCUACAUGUUGCCGCGCCUCCGGUACUACCUGACCACGGGCGCUGGCAUGGAAGCCCAAGGUGGUAGUGUUGGCGCUGGAGGGUCUGCCUCGGGCGGCGGCGCCUAUCUAAAAGGAAAAGGAGAGACCCAGUUGCAGAUGGACAGGACCUUGUUGAAGCGGAGGAUUGCAGCCUGCACCAAACAGCUGGAGGAGGUGCGGAAGGUGCGGGCAAGACAGCGUGAACGUCAUGUGGAGCUUGGAUUGCCCAUCAUUUCAUUAGUGGGAUACACCAAUGCUGGAAAGUCCACCUUGAUGAAUGCUUUGGCACAAAGUACUGAGGUGAAGACCAAGGAUCGUCUCUUUGAGACCUUGGACCCCACACGACGCUCGGUCACGCUGCCAGGUGGCCGCACCGUGAUGCUGGCAGACACAGUGGGUUUCAUCCAGAGGCUUCCAGAGCAGCUGGUCGCAGGCUUCAGGGCCACUUUGGAGGAGGUGGUUGAGACGACCAUGAUCCUGCACGUGGUGGACGUCUCUUCUCCAACUGCUGCUCAGCAGAUCGCCAGUGUGUUGAAGACGCUGAAGCGGCUGCCGAAGUUCAAGCCGGAUACUCCGCAGAUCAUGGUCUACAACAAGGUGGACAAACUGGAAGGCAGGAAUAGCUGAAGAGCUAGAGCAAAGCCUGAGCUAUCCACAUCCCGGUAUCGUGGGGCAUGUCCAGGCAAAAAGAGCCGUCAUGCAAAAAGCAGGGCAAAGAUCUCUGCCUUAAAGGGUACGGGCUUCCAUGCCUUGGCGGAGGCUAUUGAAGACACCCUCAUCAAACACACCGACUAUGGUGCUGCACAACUGCGGCUCCUGAUUCCAUACACCGAUUCCUCCAUCUAUGCUCAGAUGAAGAGUGGCGAUCAGCAGGUGAAGAUCAACACCGAGGAACACACCAGCGAUGGUUACCUGUUGAGAGUGACGGCUUCCCCCACCGCCGCGCGCAUCCUGAAGGACUUUGAGGUGAGUGAAGAGGACUUUGAACUCCUCACCGAACUUCCGGCAUGACCAGCAUGAGCAUGCUGGCAUUGCGCGCGUAGAUUUGUUAGUGUUCAUAGCGCCUUGGAUGUCUCAAAGCCACGACCGGC